UGGAUGCGUAGGCUGCCACUGCUAUGUGUUGCUGGACAACUAACUGAAGCAGAGGCUCACAAUGUUGCCCUGGCAGGGACUCCUCAGCCUCGCUCUAUGCAUGCUCUUGUUAUGUAUCAUAGGUGUAACAGCAACCGACACCAAUGACAGUGAUAACUGGUCGGAGCCGAUGCUAAGAGAAAAAGCAGUAUGGAACUAUACGCUGCCAUCCUUCGCUGUGAGACAGUCAAUGCAGAACUGCUGUGGCAAGCGAUUACUACGGGUUAUAAAGGAUCUUGAAGCUGGAAAGACCAUUAACGUCGCGGUCGUGGGAGGCAGCUACUCUCUACCAGACAGGAUUAGCAUGGAUGAAGUGUGGUUUUCAAUCUUUGUCGACAAGUACCUUAAGAAGCGUUAUCCCACGGCCAACGUAUCGGGUCAUAAUGCAGCUGUGGGUGGGUCGAACGCAGGUUUCGCCUACCUAUGCUUAGAUAAGAUGCUUCCACCAAAGGUGGAUUUAGUGUUUGUGGAUUACGGCCCCAACAUGAUGCAGAAGACCACGCAUGACAUCGUCAAUCCGAACCAGUACUACGAGCAGCUGCUGCGGGCGCUGCUGGCCUACCCUGGGGACCCCGCGGUGAUUGCAGUGGAGCAACUGCUGCCUUCAACGGUGCCGUACUACCGCUACCCCGAGGUCACCAGCUCCCCCCUCUACAAGUAUUACGACGUGCCGUACAUCUCAGUGGGCUCCUCCCUGUGGCGCAUGCAGGUGCUCAACACCAGCGGCUUCGCGGACCCCGACAUCCGCAUGAAGAGCACCGGCAACACCUGGGCCUACUGGCACCUCAACGCGCGGGGACACAAACUAGUAGCCGACAUGGCUGUGUUCCUGUUCCAGACAGCGGCCGCCAUGGACAAGGCGGACCUGCUGCCGGAGCAGAAGGACCCGCUCUGGGCCACCGGUGUGCGGGCCGGUCCCGAGCACAUCCACAUGCUGCCCACCCACCCGGUGAAGCGGCCGCUGCUGUGCAUCAUGCCGGAUGAGCUGCCGGGGUAUGUGACCAACCAUACGGGUUGGGAGUACGGAGCUGAUGACUCACACAAACGCAAGUUCGGCUACAUCUCCUUCCACAACGGCAGCUCCGAUCCCAAGCUGCCCACGCCCUCCGGCCUGCCUGAGCUCCGACUGGAGUGGGACGGCAAACUGGUGGGCAAGGGGGCAGCGGCAGCGGCGGGGGGAGGCAGUAGCAGCAGCAACAGCAGCAGCAGCAGCUCAUAUGCAUUGAUUCUGGUCUACUUGGCCUCCUACAGCGGCAUGGGUGCUGCUGAGAUGAGCUGUGCGGGGGCGUGCAGGUGCACCGCACAAAACAUCAGCGCAACCAUACCCGAGUUCUCGCUAACAAAGGUCCGCCCCGCAGCCGUCACUCUGAGCCCCGGCAAGGCGACGGGCAGCAGCGUGUGUCAGAUGCGGGUGAUUAACAACAGCCCGGGAGGGGACCACGCCAAGUUCAAGGUCACUGGUUUCAUCCUGGCGGAGAUGCACCCGGGCAGGGAGGCGGAGAUCGGGAGGGUGACGUUCAUGAACCACGGAGGGGGCGGGACCGUGAAAGCGACGGUGGUGGGCCGGUUGUAGGAUUGCUGUAGCCAUAGCGAGAGGAGCAAUGCAGCCUGAGCCAUGCUAGUUUGUCUCUGUACGGCAGACUGUCCGUACGACAGACAAGAGAGCGAGCCAAUCUGUCUGUAUGUACACAUGGCAAAGUGUUAAACCAGAUACUAAGAAACCCGUGUGAUUUUUGUCGUAUGCAUGUUUGUAAGGACAUCCGGGCGCGCUCCGGUAAUUGUGUCGCAGGAUGUGGAAUGCGGUUGGGGAGUGAGUGAUGCUAGGUUCAAGGGGGGGGGGAGAAUCCGGCACAUGUAUGUGUCCUUUCAUAACCUCAAGUGCCUAUCUAGCAUACAACGAACGAACGAACGUGGGCGGAUUCGCACGAACGUGGGCGGAUUCGCACGAACGUGGGCGGAUUCACACGAACUUGGGCGGAUUCGCACGAACGUGGGCGCACGCGCACGAGCAUGUAGACGGUGAACACGAAGCCCUUCAUGCAGCUCAGGUUGUGAUUGGCACGUUUCCACCGCCCACACGCGCACAGUACGUUCCAACUCGCGGCCAAUUAGCUGCACGCGCGAACACGCACUGCCAUGCACGCAAGCCCUUCAUGUGGAGGAGACAAACGGUCUUGCAGGCGCGUUUUGGUGUGGCAUGGGCAGGCGGCAGGCUGGAUGUGGCUUAGCUUGAAACCGUAAGAAGGGAUGGCUGAAGCGCAGUUAGCCGGUUGCUAUUAACCGUUAUGCAGGAGCAGCAGGUGUUGACGAGCAUUGUAAGCAUGUAUUAUUGGUGGUACUGUUGGUGGGAGUGCCGUGCUGUCAAACGUGUGUAAGGCCAUGACGGAGGCGCGCACACGACCGUACGAGUCGGGUGUGUUGUGCUUGCUGACUUGCGUGCAUCGUCGGUGCCCCCGGUUUGCAACCCCCGUUCCAAACCGUUUAGUUAUGCGGAGUGGGAUGGGGCAGGUUGGAGUUCAGUAGCACGUGUUUUUGCGAACUGGGAUGCAGAGCAGACACCGAUCCUGGUUGUGGGUGAAUGCGCAUGUAUGUAGUGGAUAUUUGGUAGUGCAUAAUGUGGUGUUAGCUGGCGGGAGGGAGCUUCAUGCAUGGUAAGGGUGAAAGCAAUGGCCGUGUAAGGUGUACACCGGAGAAUACACGCUGGGUCAGAUUCUUG